AUGCAUCCGCAAGUGCGACAAGACGAGGCAAGCUGCGAUAUCAAUCAACUGAAAAUCGACGGUGACGUCUACAACCACGGCGAGGAAGCUGGUACUCGCAAGGAGCGACUCCUUUUAGACAGGAGGCAUAGCGUGUACACGUCAGCUCGUGCGGGACACACAGUUGUGGUGGCAAGCUACAGCCAGCUACAACACCUGAAAGAUACCGAGAGUGCGCGCGGGCAACGGCACAAGCUCUUUCUCCGCAUCAUUCUUGAUGAGGCUCAAUGCAUCCGUGGAUGUGAUCGGACUCGCCAAGGAAAAAUCCUGAUGUCGUUUGACGCCUACUUCAAGGCUGUCUUCACAGGUUCGUCUGUUGUUGACACUAUCCUGGACUUUGAUGGGUACUUGGCUUUCCUGGAGUUCGUCGGAUGGGGAUGGGUCGCCGACCUAAACUCAACCCACAGCACUGACAAGGUUCGAGAGUCGCGGUAUGACCAGUUCAAUGAGAGCUUGGCGACUGGCGUCAACAACCGCUCUGAGCCCCUCGAGGAUUGGCACAGCGACUGCAGCUCGGUGGACGAGCUAGAUGCUCAACAAAUUAAGGAGUCCAUCGAAGACGGGUGGCAGUGCUCGCACUGGCCUGCGCUCAUAAGAUACAACGGUGAUCGUCCACAAAGCCUGGAUCGCAAUGACAGGAAGAAGAUCGACGGCAAGACUAUCGUGAAGGAUGUUUCACCUCCGGUUCAGGAGAGCCCCAACGAUAGUUCUUGUGGGGAAGCCCUGACUAUCGCUGACGAUUUGGCGGCCUACAACGAGCGAGAAGACAGAUACCAGCGUGAGUUUGCCGAGCACUUCGAAGCGGUCUCGUUGGCAAAGAGCGCGAAGGUGAAGGACUCCAAGACGGACUUAGCAAAGAUCGGAUCCAAGUUCGCAAAGCUGUCGGUGCUGUGCACGCACAUCGGUUUCUCCGGGCUCGACAAGAUGUCGACGGCGGCCAUUCGUGCGCAGCGGCACGAGAUUCUCCCUCUUCUCACCGCGAGGAUGAAGACAGCUGGAGCCUUGAACCCAGAGGAUAUAGAUCGCCCGCUGGAUAGCGACGAAGAGGUUCUACGGCAAUUCUUGUGGGGCUCGCCCAGGAUGAAGUACUUGCUUUGGGAAAUCCAGCGGGUGAUCUUUGGUAACACCAAAGUCGCCAGCCACCGAAAGAUCUUCGCAACCUUCCAAUUCCCCAGAUCCGCUGAGAUGUUCCUGAAGCUUGUGGAGUUCCUUGGAAUUUGUGCGGUCCUCCUGGACACCAACAUGCCUCCGGAGGAGCGUCACAAGAAUAUCCGGGCCUUCGACGAAGAGGACAUGCCGCAAAUCCUCAUAACAACGUAUGCUCUCAACAUCGCUGGCCAUGACGCUCAACAUCAAGAAGAGGUCGAAAUUGUGCGCUUGUUCACCGAAGGAACUUACCAGGAGCUGCAUGAGGCGGGCAUGAUCAAGAAAGCCAACUCCAUGUUUGCCGCUUUUGGUGAGCUGCAAUCUGCAAGUGAGAGCCUCGAGGACCGGGAGAAUAUGACGACAGAGGAGAUCGCGAAAGGUGCAUUCGGCAUAGUCCGGGAUCGAGUGCGGGGCCGCGACGACAAAGACGUGCAAUCAGCCAAGGAGGACGCCAUCACCAAGGCGAAAGGCAAGGCGAGAGUACCAAAGCUACAACUGGAGUUGCUGGGGUAUCAGCUGUACAACAAGGGAUAG